GCAGGGUCAUGGUCAAAGAUUCCCCACAGUACUCUCCUGUCGAUCCUGUUGACAAUUAUAACGAGGAAAAAUCAUUUGGUGAUGCAGAAAGGUUCUGUGCAGAACCUCGUACCGAGUCGCAUAUCCUUCGUGUGUGGCCCAUGUUGAACCAUGGCGCGUCGAUAUGCACAUCGAUGAUCUUUUUCGUGCUAUGGAUAGGCACGCCUUCGUCCCACCUGCAUGUACGAUAUUCCUAUAUACUCUCCAGCAAUUGUUGCUGUCGAGCCCGUGAUUGUAAGGUUUAACGGAACCCUCGACUUUCCUUCUAUCUAUCGUGGCCCUCCUUCCCCAGAAAUUGAUGCCGCUUGGGCCAGGAUAGCUCAAGAUGUACUACCGACUCGAAUGUCGCUUGAGGAUUUUGUCAAAGCUGGCGAAGUAGAUUCACCUUCCAAGGUUAAGUACCCAGCUACAUAUGGUGGGGGUCUCGUGGUAUCCAUGGAAGCUUAUCACCAACUCCAUUGUCUGAAUUUACUUCGCAAAGUCACGUGGCCCGAGUAUUACAGACCCACAGAUACUUCGCUCGAAGUAAUCCCCAUGCACCUUGAUCAUUGUAUUGAAAUGAUCAGACAGAAUAUCAUGUGCAAUGCUGACGUGACGAUGAUAACAUGGGACUGGGUUCAAGGACUCGAAACCACAUACCCUAACUUCAACACCCGCCACCAAUGCAGGAACUUCGAGAAGAUCUUGGAUUGGGCUGUCCACGCUGUUCAUAUCCCACAGUCGGUGGUUACUCGUUUUGAAGAUACAGUUGACAUUCCCUUGCCCUUUCAUCUGAUGCACCAUGAUGUGUAAGGAAUAUUGUACUACUUACUCACUAUACACAUUCACGAGUAUCUUGAAAGAAUGGCAACGAUUAAGAGUGUAGUCGAAUUAAUGUAUUCUCAGUACGUCAAUGAUCGUAGCGGCGCUGGGAAGCGCCAGUCCCCAACUCCCAGAAAUAAUAGAUUGGCAGCAAACAGUAUAUUCUGUUUUCCUUCUGGAUGGGCUUGACAGAG